AGUGACAGUAGCAUUAGGUUGUGUGGGAGAAGGAGAAGAAAGAAGAAAAAUCAGAAGGAGAAAAUCAUCAACCAUGGCAGGGAGAUUGACGAACGUAGCAUCAAGGAUCUUGGGCGGAAACGGUGUCGUUUACCGAUCUGUUGCUUCCUCUCUUCGCCUCCGCUCCGGCAUGGGCCUCCCAGUCGGCAAGCACUAUAUUCCUGACAAACCUCUUCCCAUGAACGAGGAACUUCUGUGGGACAACGGGACACCAUUUCCCGAACCGUGCAUAGAUCGUAUUGCUGACACUGUUGGAAAGUAUGAAGCAUUGGCCUGGCUGUGUGGGGGAUUAAGCUUUUUUGCGUCUCUGGGAUUGUUGGCUGUGUGGAAUGACAAAGCCUCCAAGAUACCGUUUACACCCAAAGUAUAUCCGUAUGACAAUCUGCGAGUGGAGCUUGGUGGUGAACCGUAGGUAAAUCGGAUGGGAAGUUAUUAUUUGAUGUAAUUGUUCUUUUAUGUUUAUCUUUGUAGUUCAAAAUAAGGGAUCGUGGAGAAGACUUGCUAAAUCCAACUAAUGGAAGGGCCGAAUCUAGUUCUUGAGAUCGUUAAUGCUUAAUUGCUUAUGAUUGUGAGUAGGCCAGUAUUAUGCGAGCUUGUGUUUCGAUGUGUACUUAUGAAAUUGAUUUUGAAGCAUAAUUUUACAAAAUAAUUUCAAGUGAA